CUUUGGCCGGGGGCUCAAAGAGAGUUUGGGGGUCCUGAGUGCGGUGGAGGCAGAACGGGUCUCCCGGGUGCUGGGCUGGGGUCCGCUUCCUCCCCGGGCGCUCCCCUCCCCUGGCCCGGCUCCUGCCGCCCGCCCGCCCGCCGGUGAAACGCUGUUGACAUGUCCUGAAUUAUUAAGCGCGGGGUGGGCUUCGGAGCACAUGCUGAGCGGCGCGGGCUGAGCGGCGUGGCGGAGCGAGCGCUCGCAGGGACACACGCAGGGGCUGACAGCUGUGCUGCUGCUGAUAAGCGAAGCCACAAGGAGACGAUCGAGGAGAGAGACAAGCGGCGGCAGCAGCCAGGGCUGCGGAGCUGCUGGGAGUGUGAGCAGCUCCCCUCCCUCCUGCCCCCCUUCCCUCCUCCCCCUCCUCGGCUGGAGUUUGGAGGAGCGGCUGCUGUCACCACCACUUGGGAAGAAGAGCCCGGGCUGCCAGGCAGGGAGGGACUCUCUGGCCGGCCAGGUCCAAGCAGCCAGGGACAGAUGCCUAUCGAGAUAGUGUGCAAAAUCAAAUUUUCCGAGGAGGAUGCCAAACCGAAGGAGAAGGAAGAGGGAGAUGAGCAGAGCCUGUUGGGGGCCCCGUGCCAGGGGGCACCCCCCAGGGACCUGGCCACCUUUGCCAGUUCCAGCACCCUGCACGGCUUGGGGCAUGCCUGUGGCAGGGGGCCUCGAGGGCUGCGCAGGAGCCUGUGGGCACUGGCCCUUUUGGCCUCUCUGGCUGCUUUCCUCUACCAAGCAGUGGGCCUGGCCCGAAGCUACCUGGCCCGGCCUCACCUGGUCACCCUGGACCCAGCCGGGGUAGCCCCAGCCCUGGGCUUUCCUGCUGUCACCCUUUGCAACAUCAACCGCUUCCGACACUCUGCACUCAGUGAUGCUGACAUCUUCCACCUGGCCAACCUGACUGGGCUGCCCCCUAAGGACAGAGAUGGACACCGGGCAGCAGGCCUUCGGUACCCUGAGCCGGACAUGGUGGACAUUCUGAACCGCACUGGCCACCAGCUGGCUGACAUGCUCAAGAGCUGCAACUUCAGUGGCCACCACUGUUCCGCCAGUAACUUCUCUGUGGUAUAUACUCGAUAUGGAAAGUGCUACACUUUUAACGCUGACCCCCAGAGUCCAAGGCCCAGCAGGGCAGGGGGCAUGGGCAGUGGCUUGGAGAUCAUGCUGGACAUUCAACAGGAAGAGUACCUGCCCAUCUGGAGAGAGACUAAUGAGACAUCAUUUGAGGCUGGAAUCCGGGUGCAGAUACACAGCCAAGAGGAGCCACCAUAUAUCCACCAGCUAGGGUUUGGGGUAUCUCCAGGCUUCCAGACAUUUGUGUCCUGCCAGGAGCAGCGGCUGACAUACCUACCCCAGCCCUGGGGUAACUGCAGGGCUGAGAGUGAGGGAGGAGAGCCUGAACUCCAGGGCUAUGCAUCCUAUAGUGUCUCAGCCUGCAGGCUUCGAUGUGAGAAGGAGGCUGUGCUGGCCCGCUGUCACUGCCGCAUGGUUCACAUGCCAGGCAAUGAGACCAUCUGCUCCCCCAACAUCUACAUUGAGUGUGCAGACCACACUUUGGACUCUCUGGGUGGGGGAUCAGGAGGCCGCUGUGCUUGCCCCAUGCCUUGCAAUCUGACACGCUAUGGGAAAGAGAUCUCCAUGGUUCGGAUCCCCAACCGAAGCUCAGCCCGUUAUCUGGCCAGGAAGUACAACCGAAACGAGACCUACAUACGAGAGAACUUCCUGGUCUUGGAUGUUUUCUUUGAAGCCCUGACCUCUGAGUCUGUGGAGCAGAGAGCAGCUUAUGGCCUGUCUGCCCUGUUGGGUGAUAUUGGAGGUCAGAUGGGACUCUUCAUUGGGGCAAGUGUCCUCACCCUUCUAGAGAUCCUUGACUACAUCUAUGAGGUAUCCUGGGACCGACUGAAGAGGACAUGGCGUCGCCCCAAGCCACCCCUUAGGACCUCAACAGGAGGCAUUUCUACCUUAGGGCUGCAGGAGCUAAAGGAACAGAGCCCGUGCCCAGGGAGAAGCUGUGCUGAGGGUGGAGGGGCCAGCAGUCUGCUCCCCAACCAUCAUCACCCUCAUGGUCCUCCUGGAGGCCUUUUUGAGGACUUCGCCUGCUAGGAUGGUGCUCUCAGAGGAGGGAGCCAAGCAUCCAGGCCCCUGCACUGAUAUGGGGCCAGGGGUCCCAGCCCUCCUCCUCCCUUCCCCUUGGGACAGAAUCCAGUGACUGUCAGGAGCUGGGGGAGGGGGGUUAGAGAAGACAGUGGCUACAUCUCACCUAUCCAGUAGCCCAUGUCCUGGCUGCAAAUUCUUCUCUCUUCUCUCCCUACUUUCCUUCAAAUCCUCACCAUAGUCUAAGACCCAGCCAAAGGCUGGAGAACCAGGCUUCAGAUGGGUUUAGGACUGGGAUAGGGAGUGUCCCUAGGAGAAGGCAGUUGGUAUGUGAGUAGACCACCUCUCUCUGGGGAGUGGCAAAGAUCCUUGCUAGGUGGGGAAAAAAACCUGCUCUGUAUAUUUGUAAAUAGCUGGGAGGGAGGGUGGGGGUGAAAUAGGGGUGGGAAAGGGCCAAUAGCCAUCUGAGAAAGAUGGUUGGGCUUAAAGCGUGGGAGCCCUCUGUGGACCUUGGGACCAAGUAGUAUGUGGGGGAGGGAGGGGUACUUGCCCCAGGGAUGAGGGACUUCUGGGCUGGCCCUGGUUCAGGUUUCUUGGCACAGCCUCAUCUCCUGUUAGGUUAUAUGGGAAUGGCCCCAGCUGGCCUGGUCUGCCCCCCCAAGCUCACCCUCUGCCCAACUCCCAGUCCUCUUCCUAAGGCCACCUUUUCAUUCUCCCUUAACCUUCAUCCUUGCUUCCUUUCAAAAGACCCUCGUGAAUCUUGGUGGGCAGGAGGCCUGUCAGACCUUGGCUGGGGGGAGAAGUAGGAGGAGAGUCCUCCCCAAGACCCCCUGCCUCCAACCAUGAGUCUGAUUUUCUAAAUCUGUGAAAAAUGGAAAUAAAGAGUCCCAAAAUA